UUUGCAAUCCAUUAUUUGCAUGUGGAAUAUCGGUUGGAAACAUGGAGGAAGAACAACGUAUCGGCAACUUAUGAGGACAAUCUUUCGUUUCUCAGCGCUUCAAUUGCGCCUCAUGGGCGUUCAUUGAGAGCAGAAGGCGUCCACAGGUUCGCCUUGUUGUACUGGUAGUUGGUUAACGGUGGUUGGAUAUGCAGGAUCAUAUCCCUAAGAUCUGUGGUCUGCACUGACAUGACUGAACAGAACAGUUGGAAAUGUGCUUCGUCCCCGUUUUCAAUUCAGUAUGGAUGUCGACGCGUACUUCGUGGCUCAAUUCACCGGAGUGUUGACAUGCUGGCGAUGUCGACCUCAAAAGCCGAGUUGCCAUUGCGCAAACGGCUUGUGCUGUGGCUGUUUCUAUGAACUACACAAACUACAUGUGGUUCUGCUAAACCAAGUUCAGAACUGCUGCACAGGAAACAAUUCCCCACAGGAACUGUAGUGUAGUGGUCGUCUUGAAAACAGAGUAUUUGUGUACUCUUUUCAGACUUUACUUGGUCUGAUUUUUUUCCCAACUAAACCUUCAUUUUUAAGGUUUUUAUAUCCGUUUGGGGGUUUAAUAUCGUGAAGAUUUUAUUGACCAAUCACCAUGAGUGAGGAAAGUAAAAAUCAAGAAACUGACCAGCAGCACAGUAAAGGUGUUGGGAGAGAAGUAAUUUCCAAUGGUGUUGCAUCACCUGCUGAGAGAGUUAAACAAAAUUCCCGGGGCAAAUCGCCAGUCGAAGCUGAAGAGCCUGCACAACACCCAGUGCCACACAUGAAUGGAGAGAUGCAUCCUGUGGCAGUCCACAAGUCUCCAGCUCGUGCUAAUCUGGCCAUCAGCAAUGGCCGGCCAGAAGCUGGAGAAGCAAACCAGAACCCAACUAUGAAAGAUCGCAACCCACAGUCAAGUCACAGCAGCUCAGUCCUCCCAAAGGAAGAAUUUAGGAUAGAUGCCAAUCACAAAGGAGCCCCACCUGCAGACACACAAGCCCCACCAAGAACAGUUGCUGAGGACACCUCUGAAGAAAGGAAAGAGGAAAAAGUCUUACAUGUAGGCCUAGGGAAACGACAGAAAUCAGUCACCAUUUGUGAACCUGAAGAAGUGGUUGCCAAAAAGGAACAAUUUGUGAUUGAAAAAGUAGAAAAUGAUCUCAAUAAGGAAAAUAUCCCCACAGUCCCCAUUGGAAUUGUGUCUGAUGCAGCAGAUAUUUCUGCUAAGCAGGAAGAGAUAACAGAUGUGACGGAAUUGGAAAAGGAUGAUAAGGCUGUUGAUAAGUCCCCUGAUGGACGCUUCAUGAAGUAUGACAUCGAAGUUGGCAGAGGAUCCUUCAAGACGGUUUACAAGGGGCUAGACACUGAGACUGGUGUUGCAGUCGCCUGGUGUGAAUUGCAGGACCGCAAGCUGAACCGUGUGGAGAGGCUGCGAUUCAAGGAAGAGGCGGAGAUGUUGAAAGGCCUGAGCCAUCCCAACAUAGUCAGCUUCUUUGACUACUGGGAGGUGCAGAACCCCAGAGGUCGAAAACACAUAGUGCUGGUCACGGAGCUCAUGACAUCGGGAACUCUCAAAACCUACCUGAAGCGAUUCAGCGGUGUCCGGAUCAAAGUUCUACGCAGCUGGUGCAAGCAAAUCCUCAAAGGUCUGCACUUCUUGCACACCCGCUCCCCUCCCGUCAUCCACAGGGACCUCAAGUGCGACAAUAUUUUCAUCACGGGGACGUCGGGCUCCGUCAAGAUUGGGGACCUGGGUCUAGCCACGCUCAAGAAGAGUUCGUUUGCAAAGAGUGUCAUAGGUACCCCGGAGUUCAUGGCGCCCGAAAUGUACGAGGAGCACUAUGACGAAUCGGUGGACGUGUACGCCUUCGGCAUGUGCAUGUUGGAAAUGGCCACUUCCGAAUACCCCUACAUGGAAUGUACUAACGCUGCCCAGAUCUAUCGGAGAGUGACUACAGGAGUGCGGCCAGCCAGCUUUGAUAAAGUUACAGACCCCAAAAUGAAGGAAAUCAUCGACCGUAGCACAAGAAGAAACAAAGAGGAAAGGUUUUCCAUCCAAGACCUCCUGAAGCACGAGUUCUUUGAAGACACGGGCUUCAGGGUGGAGCUGGUGGAGGACAACAACACAGACAACAUCCAGCUCCAGCUGCGGGUGGAGGAUCCCAAGAAGCGACGGGACAAGCACAAGGACAACGAGGCGUUGCAGUUUGCUUUCUACCUUCAGAAGGAUGAACCGGAGAAAGUGGCCGCUGAAAUGGUCCGCUCCGGUUUCCUGAACGAGGAAGACCUGAGGGUGGUGACCAAGAUCAUCCGGGACCGCAUCUGCGCCGUCAAGAAGAACCGACGCGAGAAACAGGAGAAGGAGAAGGAGUCUGAAGUUGAAUGUUCCAGUAAUGUAACAACACAAGACAGUGGUCUAGGACUUUCUGGCAUCUCAGAUGCUUCCAAGUCCCAGAGUCUCUCCACAUCAAGUUCUCAGCAGCAGCAGCAGCAGCAACAACAACAGCAGCAGCCACUUCAACUAACCAAGCAGCAGUCCUCCCAACAGCCACAGUCGGCCCAGCCUGCUCCACAGCAGCAGCAAUCACAAGGAGCGGCGAGCGUUCCAGUCACCACCUCGGGACAGUAUGUUCCAGCCACGUCAGGCCAGGGGCAGUUCCAACAACAGCAGCAGCUGCAGCAACAGCCAGUAGUACCACAACAACAGCAACAGCCACAGAUUACCCCAAAUCAACAGCAGCAACUCUUGCAACAGCAGCAGGUGCAACAACAACAACAGUAUGCACAGGUUUCAAGUCAACAACAGCAACAACAGCCACAGCAGCAACCGCAACCUGGUCCUUCACAACAACAGCAACAACCACAACAACAGCAGCAACAACAGCAAUCACUGCCACCUCAGCAACAGCAGUUCCAGACACCGCAAAGCCAGGGCCAGGUGCGUAGAAAUAAUAGCUAUCCGCCCUCCCAGCACCAGCAGCUUUCACCAAGCAGUGGAUUGUAUAGCCCACCCCUGCAGUCCUACCAACAAACAUGGCAGUAUGUACAGGCCAAUGGGCAAUACCAACAGUAUCAGAUGCCAGCUGGUUACCAACCGCAACAGCAACCACCACAACAGCAGCAGCAGCAGCCACAGCAGGUUCCUCCACAGCAGCAACAGCAGCAAGCACCGCAAGUACAGGACAGCCAACCCCAGACUCAGUCUGAAGCACCCAAGACUGAUGCCCAGUUUAUAACAAAGGGUUCACCAUCUAUCGAGAGAAGGGAUCCUGGAAAUGCCUCAGUACCCCUUGCUGGGUCUUCAUCCGUACCAAGCCUUACAGAUGCUGAGGACAGUAGUACAGAGACUGGUGGUCCUGGCUACGAGAAAGCUGAGAGGAAGGAGAAAGAGAAGAAGGCGCGGUUGAAGAGCAUCAAGAAGAAGCAUGAGCGGCCACCCAAGCUCAACAUCAUCUCAGUCGAUGAGGACUUCAUCGUGGAGUGCUCCUUUGAGACCCACAAGGGAGAGAGGGUACAGUUCAAGUUCAGCGUGGACAACGACAAUCCCGAUGACAUCGUGGAGAACCUGCUGACCAAAGACCUGAUCCCCAAACAGUACACAGAACUCUUCAUAGAGCAGCUUAAAAAGAUCUGCGUGGAGGCCAAGACCAGCGGUCCCAUGAAGGCUGCCCCCAUUGCUACCACCACCACGGCAGAGACGGCGCCGCUGGAGAUGCCUCCAGCUUCCUCAAGUCCCAAGGUGGUGGAUCCUACCAUCGCUGCACCUUUGUCUGGUCAACCUGUGGCGUCAUCGACAGUUGCUGUGACUUCCACGUCUUCUGUGGAGACCUCGGUCGCGGAUUCCAAUGUGCUCAGUGAUGACAGUAUCAGCCCACCUCAGGUCACUGGGAGUAAAUUGCCAGACCCUUCCACUAGUGUGUUCCUGAAAGACAGCCAAGGACGCCCUGUAUCACCAAAGAAGGAGCAACCAGAUCCAUCAAAACUGGCCGACGCCAAUGGGAACUUGGCUCUGGCCCCCAGCCCCCCUGUCGCCACAAAUCAAGCUCCAGGAUUUACUGUCAAACCCCCAGUCCUAGGAGGAGCGGAAAAAGUUGAAGCCAGUAUUAAACCAGAGGCUGUGGCUGUGGCUGUGGCAUCCUCCAGUAGCGGGAAUCUUCCCCGGACCUAUGCUGAAGCCGCGGGAAGAUUACCCGAGCAUAUCAACCAGCAGCAGAGUCCUUCACAUGGGAGUCAGUCACAGCCCUUACUGCCCAUGCAGCCACAACAGCAGCAACAUCUCCUGCAGGCAACCACGGGUCUUGUCUCGCCAGCCACCAUGGGGGAUAUUCAGCAGCAAAGCCAUCCCGUGUCUUUGGGUAAUCCCCCUGCUGCCACAGUAUCCCAGGCAAGCAUAUUAGCACCACAGCCCGUCUACCCAAUUCAGAUGAUGCCGCAGGGUAUACCAGUCCAGCAGUUCAUAACAGGACCAGGGGGAGCAACUCAGAUGUACCCCAUGCAGGUACCAGCAGACGGACAGCAGCUGUAUCCUGUACAGCUUGAAGGGGGUCAGACAGCCUGGAUUUCUGGUCCAGGCCCAAUGCAGAUGUCAAUGGGACAUGGCUUUCAGGCGCAAAUGCAGGCUAACAUGCAAGCCCAGAUGCAUGCACAGAUUCCAGCAUCAAUGGUUCAGCAGCAGAUUCAACAGAUGGAGCCUCAAAAUGCAUAUGCAGCAGCACCUGUUGGCCAAAUGCCAGUCCACGGAGGUACAGUGCCACCAUUGGUGCGGCAAUCAUCUCAAAACCAGCAAAUGUCACAGCAACAAGCUCAACAGCAGCAGCAGCAGCAGCAGCAAAUGUUCCAACAGCAGCAGCAACAGCCACCACUACAGCCGCAGCAACAACCACAACUACAGCAGCAGCCUCUCCAACAGCAGCAGCCACUCCAACAGCAGCAGCCACUCCAACAGCAGCAGCAACCACUCCAACAGCAGCAGCAGCCACUCCAGCAGCAGCAGCAGCCACUACAAAAGCAACCACAACAACCGCCACAUCAACAAAAGCAACCACUACAGCAGCCUGGGAUGGCUGCACAAAGCGCUGCAUUUCAGAAUGUGGCGAUUGGAAAGCAGCAGGGGAGUGCUGCUUCUCUUGCUGAUCUUAAUGCCAAACUCACCCAGUUACACAAGAAAACGCAGAAGUCUGCUUUUGCUCCAGCUCAAAGUCAACCUCAGUCACAAGUGGCUACACCCAUCCACUCGCAACCGUCUACUCAAGCAGUGCAGGGUGUUUCGUCACAGGGAGUGACGCAUUCCCAGCAACAGCAGGUUGCCUACCAGCAGGCAUCCUCACAGGCAUCCUCACAGAUGCCAGCAACCCAGAUACAUGCUCAUCAGUUUGAGCCACAAGAGCAGCACACACUAGUGACACACUCGCACUCUGCCCCGAUUCUUGCUCCUGAGGUUACUGCAGGAGCUCAACAGCAGACACCACAUCAUGUGCAUUCAAGCUUUUCACAGGGCGUGCAACCGAGUACCAUCUCAGAGGUCUCCAGCUCGACAGACUUGACUGGUCAGGAAAAAGUAAAACCGUCAGGACAGUCCAGGCAUCAAUCCAUCUCUGAUGCAGGUACUGCUAGUUCAAACACUGAAGGAAGGUCCACAGAAGUCUCAGUAGAAGUUUCCAAGGCAGCUGAAGUAUUGAAAACAGAGGCAGUCAAGACCAUUUCAAGAUUCCAGGUGCAACACGUUGUUGAAGAUUCCUUGAAGGGAAGUCAGCCCAAGACGGACACUGAAAUGGCAACACAGGCUGCACCGACAUCAAAUGUCAAUGCAAUUAGUGAUGUAAAUAGGAGAGAGAGUAGGGCACAGUCUGUGCCAGAUGUUAGUGUAGCAGAGAAGAGUGCUUUAAGUCGAAAGUCUUCCAUUGAAGUUGAUGCAACUGUUCCCAUUACAAGGGAGCCUGUCGCGCAAGGAUACUCAACUGUGACGCCAACUACAGGUGCUAAUAGCAAUGUUGAAAAAACUGAAAGUGUACCUGUGGCUACGCCUGCAAACACAGGUGCUCAGUUAAGCAAAGUCUCUUCAGAGGGAACUGAAAAGAAAGAAUCUGUGGCAGUGCGCUUCCAAGUGACCACCAUCAAAGAUGAAUUCAGCAAGACUGAGCAAGGUGCUGCUGCUGCUGAAAAAGAGAGCCUGGCAGCUCUUGCACCAACAACCAACGGAGUGCCAGCUAAGCCAAACCAGGUAGCUUCAGCAACUCCCCAAACUGUUUCAGACCAAACGUCCAGCCUUUCCAAACCACCAGAUGCAGCUGGGGCAUCCACUGCCAGUCCUGUCCACACUGCGCUGGAGCGCAAAAUGUCGGCAGAGAGAGGCACGCCAGAUAGCAUAGCAUCAGAUCUGGGCACCUCGUCGCAGCCUACUGCUGCAGACUACAAGGGACAUUCUGCGAUGGUGACACCGCCAGUUAGCAGCAUGCAGCCAGAUGGGUACUACAACCAGCUCCCACAGCAAGCAUUCUUUGCCUAUCCACCUGAGCGAUUGUCUCCAGGAAUGCAGGGGCAGAUCCUUGGACCUAUGGGUUUUACCUAUGAGGAAAUUGAUGACAGGCCAGAAUUAAAGGACCUACUUCAGAGGCACAAGGAGGAACAAAUCCAACUGUACCAAAGGCAACAAGAAGAGUUGAAGCAGUUCCAGAGAGUACGUUCCACUCAGAUGUACCGGCCAGCAGCAUACAUGUAUCAUCAACAGAUGGCUAGUCAUCAAUAUUACCCAUUCCAAGGUGGUCUAGUACCCCAGGGCUACCCGAUGCAGCCAGCCUUUGCAAUGCAGCAGGAUCCUGGCGUCUACAACAUGCCAGGGGCAUGGUCUCAAGGUAUGGUCCCUCUCAUGAGUGGGCAGAUCCAGGGGCCAGGGGUUGUCCCAAGCACAUCCAGUGGCCCCACAACAUUGACUAGUGCAUCCUCCGUUGGGCAUCUGAUAGCCCCCGGUGGGGUGUAUUUCGGUAAGAGAGGCUCCCUCACCCCAUACACCAUACCAGCAGGGUUUGGUGUGAGUCCAGCUGUGGUACCGCCAUCUGUGGCUACUACCCUUGCACAGUUGCCCCCCACGCCGAUGCGCCUGAAUAAAAGCGAGAGCUUUGCCGGCCUGACUAGCAGCGGACUUACAGACGCAUCAGUGGUAGGCAGUGCAGCACAAAGUGCCAGGCAACGAGCAACAACCUUCCCAACCUUGACCAACGCAGAAGCAGUCAACGCUGGUAACCUAGGUAGUCAACAAGCUUCAUCAGAUCCAGCAGUUACACCUCCCAUCGACACAGCCAAGCAGUCUGCUAAGCCGAUGUUCUAUGUUCAUGAAUCAGGAGGUAAGCGUGUCUUCUCUCCGACUCCAUCUGAAGGCAGCUUGUGUGACACUCAGGAGCAGGUGCAGAACCCUGAGGCAGAGGAACCUCCCACCAAUUUGGCUGAGACUGUGACUGAAACAGGCAGACCCGAAGACUCUAAAGUGGCCGAACCAUCGGCUAAGAAGUCAGUCUUCACGGAGGAUCAGUUCAAACUUGCUGAGAUAGCUAAAGCACCUCCUAGAACGGCGGUCACCGAGGCGGAGAAGAAGAUCAGUCUGAAUGAGCUACGCAAGAACCAAGUCCAGCAGGAUCUGCAGAGCAAUGUCAGCUUGGGAGGAGGAACUGGAAAGCCUGGACAGCAGGAAUGAGAGCAAAAAGGUCACCCAUAUAGACCCUUAAAGUUUAGAAAAUGAAUAACAAGUUGAAAAUACAUUCUACUGAAUCUGGUUUUCUGGGGAAUUGUCUGGUGCAUUCAUGUGUGUGUAUGUGAUCCCAAUUGUUUUUUCUUUGCUGUCUGCUAACACGGAGUUCCUGACUUGUGAUGUAGGCCCUCUCUGGUGGAUCGUGUAAGUUAAGGGUGAAGACAAAACUCCUGGCCAUGUUUUCAUGCUGUCAUAUGCUCUAGUCUCAUCCUAUCAUAUGAGACAUAAGCUUUAAAUGCUCCCUAGGAAUGUUUGGGUUUCUUUUUCUUGGAAUGUUUUGGGGGUUUUUUUUGUAUUGGGUUACAAAAUAAUAAAAGUUGCUGUCAAAGCCACCACAUGUCGUCAACCAGCAUGUAUAGGUUUUGAAAUGGCCAACUGUCCAGAGAUCCUGCAUGGUCACUUUGGGCCACCUGUCAUGUCCAGUUCUUACCUCCUCUAGUUUUAGCCCCUAUGGUGGCUUCUCCUGUUUGGCACGAAACUUACCCUUGAAACAUUUCUGCCACUCACAUAGGAUUAAAGACAAAGCAAAAAUGAGGUACUUGAAAUGGUUGCUUUGCCCAACUCGGCCUUUUGAAGCUUAAGCAGCUCUUACAUGUACGAUAGGUUCUCUUGGUCUCUUCAACUAUUUUCUUUUAAUGUUUGUUUCGGUAUCACAUUCACACACACACACGUGAAAGCACCACCCAUCAAUAUAUAUUUAUAGAUUUACACCAAGUACUUAUAUCAAGUAUUAUCCCCAGCACUUAUGAAUGGGUUAUUAUAUAUUUGUCAUCCAUUGAAGCACCAGUAUGUUAUUAACUUAAAGAAAAUAAAAACUCACCAUUCCAGUGUUGUGCACAUGUAAAGGGACCUUUUCUGUAUCAUAAUAAACCUGCCACCUGGUUCAGCUGUAUUACAUGUAUAUAUCUUGUGUAAUGGUGGUUCAUAUUCUAAUUACCCAAAUAUAAGUAUUAACAAAUUUUGCCUUUGUUUUUUGUUAAUGUAAAGUUCGAAAAAUUGAGAUUGCGAAGAUGAACGAGCGGUUUUCUGUUCUGUAACUUAUGCUGCUUUCUGGUUUUGUUUUUUCCUGAUGUGUAUGCGUGUGAGUUUGCUCGUCGUGUGAUUCCUUGCAAUGUGAAGAUCAAACACAUUUAGUUAAACUAGUAACAAAUCAGGAAUCAAAUGGAAGAAAAAUCUGCACCGAAAAAGAGAUUUCAUCAAGCGAGCUUUUUAGUAAGGCACGUUCAGUGUUGUACAGAGGUGCAUGAAGGGUUGAAUUUGAAAAUCGAUACCGGUGAUUAUACUUUCAAUCUAUUUAUUCCAACAGUUCUCAUCACGUCAUGCUUGGAGUGUACCUUAGGUUUUAUACCAGGACUGUUUGAAAUUUGCAGUCACCGAGACUGUCUGCCUUGCACAGCUUGCUUUUGAUUUCUAUCAUCAAAAUACAGUAAAGUGCACGUGCCUCUGUACAACCCAGCUUCACUCCAAGUGAACACGCACAUUUUGUUUUUCAACUUGAGUGUAAAACUCAAAUUACACUGAACAUCUGACCUGUUGAAAACAGAAUAAGCGUUUCAUUUAGCUGUUAGUUCGUAGUUCCCCUGUCAGUUUAUUAGCAUUCACAAAUGACAUCUUCUCCAAAGCAUGUUUGGAUACAUGUUUUUGUGAAAUCGUAUACAAAAAAGGUAUUUUCAAGCAAUUUUCAGAAGUCUAUAAAUUAACUUGUGAGAGGUACAGUGGGUUUGAACGAUUGUACUUACGUUUUACUACGAACCUGUCUCUUCACAACGUCGUUAAUGUGUACAUAUGUGUAUGAAAAAAAUAAAGCCUAAAAAUGGUGUGAAUGGCAAACCUAAUAUGCAAGUUUUUGUAGCACUCUGCCUGAUCCAGUCUAGCCAUUGCCUUUCCUUAUUGCUGCUGAUGAAGCAUAGUGCUAGAAUGCAUCCGUUAAAAGGUGAUGCUUUUGCUGCACACAAAAUGUUGUAAAUAUAACUGUAUUAUUAUUAUUAUUAUUAUUAUUAUUACUGUUAAUGUUAUUUAAACAUGGAAAUACUGAAGUUAAAAGAGUAUGUGCCUGCUUAAUUGCUAGGGUAAGUUCAGCCAACCAAAGUUUAGAAAGCUCCACAGCACUGAACGAAACAAACAAACAAUAAUUUAUCAACUAAUUUGCCCAGAAGUACACAUGAAAAUAUGUUAAACGACCCCAUUAUAAUUUUGUCGUAACUGUCGUCAUUAAUGAAAGGGAAUGCACAAAUUUAUCAGAGUAUCUCUGGUGUGCGAAGUGCCUGUACCAUACACAGCCUGCAUAAAUCUUUACAAACGACCACCCCCUUGCUUGCCAAACAGUCAUGCAUCAAUCAUUUUUCAAUUCAACAAUUCAAUAGUUUGAGUAACCAUAUUCAUUUAAAUUUAAAAAAAAACAACUGCUGUUUCUAUUACCUUGUCAAAUUUCUAGUAGACUCGUGUCACAAUUUUGAAGUUGCUUACCAAGCAAAUUCUACAUGUAAUGACAAUUGUAAAGCUUAACUGUGUGUAUGCACUUGCUUGAAAUUUGUACAAGUGAUGUUGUAACCACCCACCACAUAAAUGUAUACCAGUUAUUACUAAUUACAUUUUCUGCCUUAAUUAUGAAAAUUGUAAGGAACAUUUUUUUUGCGUUGUUGACCAUAAUCCUUAAUUAAUAAGCACCAAACAGUUUUAAAUGAUAACCUCUUACGUACAGCGUUAUAGCAGGGAAAUUUACUAGUGGCAUUCCACAUUAAUUAAUUAAACAAACAUCUUAUUAGCUUAAUUAUACAGGAAUAGAUAUUCAACCUGCUUUGUCAAUUAGUGACCCAAAAAUGUCAGGUUUUUUUUUCUUUAACUGAAUAUUUGGUACUAACAUGUUAGUUACUCUUGAAGGACGUUUGACAGAAGAGAUAAUUUCAAUUCAACAGUAUAUAUUUCUGGCACAUAAUAAGAGAAACUGAUUUUUUGGGGGGGGGGGGUGUCAUUAUUCCCCGAGGGUAAAUAUUCUUUGCUUUGUGCACAAGUUUCAUAACAAAAAGAAAGAAAUCAUAUCUACAUAUUCACAUUCUAGUUCAUCCUCCGUACAUAGUAUAAAGGAAGUAUUGGUGUUUCUGAUGUUUACACUUACAUAAAAUAAAGAUUUAAAGCAGUCAAUUUUGUCAUGUCACUAUUUAAGGCAUAAACAUAACCACAAAAUAAUCAUGCAUUAGCUUUGCCCUCUUCCAAAGACAAACGAACGAUGUGAAUGCAUUAUAAAAUAUACCUUACAAACGCAUAGUUUUAAAGUUAAAAACAAAGACACUGUAUGAGUAUACUGCAGUAUGUUCAGUGUGUACUUGUAUAAGCACAUUCGGUGACUCCUCCAAAUCUUAAUUCAAGUGUAUACCUUCGCAUAUAUUGACUACCCCAUGAAAUGUUAAACACUUUGCCUGUACUGGAAACUCACUCUUUUUAUACUUGCACUUCAACCAUUUCAAACUUUUGUAUCAAAAGUUGUACUUGUAGUAGUCACCACUGCACAACACCCACCUAACAUACAUGUAGAAGACUAGCAGUAGACUUAGUAAGCCAAUAAUAAGAGCAUCAAAAUAAAAACUACAUACACAGGCUGAUACUAGAGUUUAGCAAAAAGUGGGUUACCGGGUAAUUCAUUGGCUAAUGUAAGGUGUGGUACAUGUACAUACAUUAACAUUAAGCAUGUGAAGUUGCCUAACAAGUAUUUUGUGCUUGGUGACUCUGUGUUAUCUGGCCCAGUUUGAAUCACUUUCCAAUACUUUAUGUGGUUGAAUCGCAUUGAAAGUUAACAUUUGCAAAUUUGUAUCCUAUUUCCCCCAU